CACUCCGGCUCUGUGAGGGAAUCUGUUGCACUUCAGUUGGAUCAGAACAAACUAAAUAAUAAAUGACAGUUUGACAUGUUUCUCCCCUCUAAAGUAUAUUAAGGGGGGGGGACAUGGAGCUCACAUGACUUCAGAGUCCCUGCAGCUGCACAUCGUCCCGCACAAGAUCCGGCUCCGGUGUGAACAGUGAAGCCGGAAGUCCGUGUGGAAGCUGCAGUCAUGAAGUCUGUCGGGCUGCUUCUGGCUCUGCUCUGGUACCAGACUGCAGGAUCAGGAGACCCGAACCAGAACCAGAGCUGCUCUCACGCGCUGGAGCUGCAGCUGGAUCACUCCGCGGUGAUCCGCUGCGUGGAGCGCCGCUUCCUGUCCGUCACCGUCGACGCGAGUCUGGCUUCAGAGGAGAAGUUCAUGUCACUGUUGAGCUCUCCAAAGAUCAGGACGCUGGCAAAAGCUUUAACUCCGGCUUUCCUGAGAUUUGGAGGAACUCGACAAGACUUCAUGGUCUUCACCCCUCAGAGGCUUCAUCAGGACUCAGCGACCACUGCAGACCCAUCCUGUGAUCUGCGGCUGCCCUCGUGGCUGGAGGACCGGCUGAAGAAGAGCUGGACUCAGCAGCAGCUCGUCCUGAUGAGAGAAGAUUUGCAGAGGAAGUUCAGCAGAGUCAAGUUCACAGAGUACACUGUCGAUCUGCUGCACUCCUUCACUAACUGCUCGGGGAUGGAUCUGAUAUUCGGGCUGAACGCUCUGCUCAGAACAGCUGACAACACCUGGAACAGCAGCAACGCCCGCUCGCUGCUGCAGUACUGUGAAUCCAGACGGUACCGGAUGUCCUGGGAGCUGGGCAACGAACCCAACAGCUAUGAGAAGAAAGCGGGGGUCCGUGUGGACGGACAUCAGCUGGGUCAGGACUUCACGCGUCUCAGAGAGAUGAUGUCACAAUCCAAACUUUACCACGACGCCGGGCUUUAUGGGCCGGACAUCGGUCAGCCCCGAGACCACCGGGCGGACCUGCUGCAGGGGUUCCUGCAGAGUGGUGCGGAGGCGGUGGACGCUUGCACUUGGCACCAUUACUAUGUGAACGGCAGAGACGCGUCUGUGGAGGAUUUUCUAGAUCCGGAGGUUCUGGACUCUCUGAUCCUGAAGUCCACAGAAGUCUUGAAGGAGGUGCAGCUGGUGUCGCCUCAGAAGCCCGUGUGGCUCGGAGAAACGAGCUCAGCGUACGGCGGAGGAGCCGCCGGACUGUCGGACACGUUCGUCGCAGGAUUCAUGUGGCUUGACAAGCUGGGUCUGGCGGCCCGGCUGGGGCUGGACGUCGUGAUGCGGCAGGUGUUCAUCGGCUCCGGGAGUUAUCACCUGGUGGACGAGAACCUGGACCCACUUCCUGUGAGAGGACUUCACUACACCCUCUACACACUGCACACUGCACACUACACUCUACACUCUACACACUGCACACUGCACACUACACACUACACUACACUCCACUACUACACUCCCU